AUGAAGAAUCAACGGAUCCGAGAGAUGCAAUUGCGAGAGCGGUCGAGCAAGAGCCUGAUAGCCAACGUCCUAGACGAAGACGAUUAUCGUCCUGGACUCGUUCAGGGAGGAAGAUCUCGAGUGCCGUCUGCAUUCGACGAUCCGGGAUUCGCCUCGGGCGCAGGAGGCUGCGGCUCCUCGUCGUGCAUGGCCGGCGUCAAAGAACUCGGACUCAUCCUCAAAGAGAUCAGGCUCAUCACGGGGAAGUUACGGCACGAGGAGGAGGAACACGAAGUGAUCGGCGAUUGGAAGUUCGCUGCGAUGGUCGUGGAUCGCAUCUGCCUCAUCAUAUUCACCCUUUUCACUGCCAUCGCUACGAUCGUCGUUCUCCUCUCCGCCCCCCAUCUUCUCGUAGCCUAG